UCCCCAGAAAGAGCCUCAGCAUUUGCUUCCAGAUGCUUCUUCCACGCAGUUACCAUAUUUCUGCCGGUCGCGGCAAAAUGAGUUUCGCUACGCAUAUGCAAACGAUUUUGGAGAAAUUGUUAAUUCCUGAUAAACAGCGCGCCGAAUAUACAAAAGACGCUGAGGAAAUCCAAAACUAUGUGAUUGACGAACUAAAACGGGUGGAUGACACAUUUGCCGACGUUUUCGACCGUCUUAGUCUGGGCGGAAGCUAUUUGGAUCGCGUCAAGCUAAAUGUUCCCGAUGAAUUUGACAUGCACAUGAUACUCGAAUUUCCGUUGUCCAUUACGCCGAACCCAAUCGACAGUGGAUUUAUCUACCUGGAGGCGGGUUCUGUAAUAACGCAGCCCCAACGGGUCAACCGUGCUAAACUUCAAGAUUGGUUGCGCGAUGCAUUUCAUAAGGUAUUUCGGUCAAAGCCCACACUUACGACCACGGGUGGACGAGUCUAUAAAUUAAGCUAUACACUUGAAGGAUAUGGUUGUGCCCACACCAUCGUAGCCACUAGUGGAAGCCGCUCGAUAUCGUUUGAUUUGGUGCCGGCAAUCGAAUUUACUGGAUGGCAGUGGCCGCUUAAUACUCCCCCAGUUUCUGCUGAGGUUCUCAAAAAUUGCCCUUGGUUCGCAAUUCCGCAAAAGAUGAAGGGUAAAUCGAAAACCACAUUCAUGGUUUGUGCUCCUCACUUGGAGCGCGAAAUGAUGAAGGAUUCGCAAAAUUUGAAAAAUGUUCUACGACUGAUGAAGGGAUUACGUGACGCCCACGCUAGGCAGUUGCCUCACUUGUCUAGUUACAUGUUGAAAACAGUCUUGCUCCAUCGAAUUGAAACGGUUGACUGGGAAAAGGACCUUGGCAUUCUUUUGGUGGAGAUGUGGAGCCAUUUGGUGGAUCAUCUGCGAGCUGGUAGGCUGGAAUUCCUUUUGGACAAGGAUCACAAUGUAUUCAAACGUAUGAACCAGGGAGAAAUCAAGAAAUGUCUUCUAUACUUGGAGAAGUUGCUUCAAAAACUUCGAUUUGCUCAAGUAAAUGAAAGCUAUAUGCACUUGGCAGAACUUUUCCUUAUUAAUUAGAGUUGUGGACUUUCUACGCACAGAAAGAAUUUUAUUUUUUUCCAAACUGCACUCAGUAAGAAAAAGCUUAUAUAUGCAAAAUGCCCUCAUGCUCAAGGGCAUCGUGAAAUAAUUGUUUGCCUGGCGUCUUCGAUGUUGAAUAAAUAAACAACUUGCUAAUAACAAAGAUCGUCUCAGUUGAUGAAGC